AUGCCUAGAGGAGACAGUGAUGAAGAGGAAGAGGACGAGGACGACGACGACAAUGACAAGGAGGAGAACAACAAGGAGGAGUUUGUUCCUGAUGCAAAGCAUUGCCUGAAGUGUCCAGAAGACCAGCAUCCAAACAAGGCUCAGGAUCAGUGCAUCCCCAAGGUCAUCACCUUCCUGUCCUAUGAAGAAUAUUUGGGGACCUUCCUCACUGGCAUGGCUGUACUCUUCUCCAUAGCCACAGGAGUCAUAUUGGGAAUCUUUUGGAAAUUCCAAGAAACUCCAGUAGUCAAGGCCAACAACCGAGGCCUCUCCUACAUACUUCUUCUCUCUCUCCUGCUUUGCUUUGCAUGCUCUUUCCUCUUCAUUGGACAGCCAAGAAGCAUCACCUGCCUCCUCCGACAAGCAGCUUUCAGCAUCAUCUUCUCAGUGGCCAUCUCUUCCCUCCUGGCCAAAACAGUCACGGUGGUGCUGGCCUUCCUGGCCACCAAGCCAGGCAACAUGACAAGGAACUUGUUGGGGAAGACUUUGGCCAACUCCAUUGUCAUGUCCUGUUCCAGCGUCCAAGUAGUCCUCUCCACCAUCUGGUUGGGCACCUCUCCCCCCUUUCCUGACUCUGACAAGCACUCCCAGCUGGGGCAGAUCAUCUUGCAGUGCAACGAAGGCUCUGUGGCCAUGUUCUAUGCUGCCCUUGGCUACAUGGGCUUCCUGGCUGCCAUUUGCUUCACAGUGGCCUUCCUGGCCAGGAAGCUGCCCGGGGCCUUCAACGAGGCUAAGCUGAUCACCUUCAGCAUGCUGGUCUUCUGCAGCAUCUGGGUGUCCUUCGUGCCCACCUACCUGAGCACCAGGGGCAAGUACAUGGUGGCCGUGCAGGUCUUCUCCAUAUUGACCUCCAGUGCUGGGCUGCUGGGCUGCAUCUUCCUGCCCAAGUGUUACAUCAUUCUAUGGAGGCCUGACCUG